UUUCUUAUGUCGCUCCUCUUCCACUCAUGCUUUGUUUCUUUGAUAAAGUCUCAUGUUACAAGUUUAACUCUUACCUGCAUCACUCUAAAAUCCGUGCCUUCUCUCUGAAGUUCAUUCUUAUACCCAAGUAAUCUUGAUACUGACUUUGCUAGUGCUCUGGAAAUUUACUGAUUCUAAUCAAGGAAAAGUAGGUGAUCCCUUGUUGAUUGAUAUGAUAUAUAGGUUAAUUGAACCAUAUUGAAAUAGAAUUAUCGUCAGUCGGUAAACUGUCUCCAAGAUAUCUGCCUGUUAUCAUCCUGACUAAGCUGUGAAUUGUUUCAGCUACAAACUGUAAAGCCUUAAAAGAAGAUAACUGUUGUAUAUGGCUCAUAUACAAAUGUGAACGAACGGACAGAUGCUAUUUCAUCACCUGUUACUCAGUUGUUGUUGUUAUUCUCGUUGCUUGGCCGCCUAAUUAAGGUACAUGGUUUCAUUUAAAUUGAUUGUGAUGUUUGGUUGAUUGGUUUAUAAAGAGAUGGAUGUGUUAGAUAAAUCAUUUUAUUUAUUUAUUUUCAGCCGCUUUUGUAUAUUGAAGCAUACAUAUAGCUAGCUGAACAAUUAAUAUCUAAUGUAGUGGAUUGUCAAUUGAAUUAUGAAUGUACAAAUUGAGAGUCGAAUCUUUGAGCGGAUAGUUUUGUUACAAUAUUGUACUAGUACUACUUAUCUACUGUUCAGUGGGUUCUCUAUAGGAAGAUGUUUUUUUCUUUGAGGAUUAUUUGGUUGAGUAUUUAAUUAUUAACUCAAAUUUUUUUGAUUUUUUUUUUUCAAAAAAGUGGAUAAACCACUUCAAUUAAGAGUAAAAGGAGAACAAACUAGGUAGUUGUUUAGAGUUUUUGUCCUGAAUAAGGCCGACUUAGGCAUAGCACGGCCCACCCCUUCCUAAUGGAGCCACGUUGAUCACUCAUUCUAGUGAAUAAGUUCUGCAGAAACCACAAAGCAUGGAAGAAGAAUACAAUUUACAGACCAUUGUGAAGCAGAAAACUAUGACAAACUUUUGCAAGAUGCUUCUGAACAUUUCCAUCUGGGCCCUCCAUGUGAAGCUUACAUUCUCAGCCAAUGAAGAUUUCAGUUACAAUGGAUUCAAGGGUGCUACAAACCUCAGCUUUGAUUCUCUGGCAGCAGUCACUCCUGAUGGUCUCCUGAGCCUGACUAAUAACACUACUCAUGGCAAGGGCCAUGCAUUCUUCUCCGUUCCCAUUCAGUUCAAAAAAUCUCUGGCGGGUAACAUCAUCUCUUUCUCUACAUUGUUUGUCUUCGCCAUUGUCCCAGAGUACAGAACAUUUUCCAGCGAUGGCCUUGCUUUUGUUCUCUCUCCGUCCAAAGACUUGUCCAAUGCAUGGGGUGAAAGUUACCUUGGCCUCUUAAAUAAGACCAACGAUGGAAAACCAUCCAAUCAUAUCUUUGCGGUUGAGUUUGACACUGCGCUCAAUCCUUCCCAUGAAGACAUCAACGACAACCAUGUAGGCAUUGACAUCAAUAGUCUUUUAUCUAAUUACUCAACGCCUGCAGGUUUUAGAUCUGAUGAUGAUGGUCAGUUAAAAAAUCUGAGCCUUAAGAGUGGUGAGCCAAUGCAAGUUUGGAUAGAUUAUAAUGGCCAAAAUAUGCAAUUCAAUGUGACAUUAUCUCCACUCUGGAUGCCAAAACCGAAGACUGCUCUUUUGUCAGCUACUAUAAAUCUUUCUAGCAUAAUUUUGGACUAUAUGUAUGUGGGAUUCUCGGCAUCAACAGGAAUGGCUUAUGCUUACCAAUGCAUUCUCGGUUGGAGCUUUAAGACGGAUGGGAAAAUUCCUGAGCUUAAUAUCUCAAGCCUCCCUCCGCUUCCUCGAACUACAACACCGUCAAAAGAUAAAUCAAAGGAUAUAUCAAUAUGGUUGCCUCUAUCUCUUUCAGUGCUUGUGCUAAUGGCUGUUGCUGCUGCAAGGAUGAUAAUGGUGAGAAAGAAAAAAUUCUCUGAGCUUCGUGAGGACUGGGAGCUAGAUUUUGCGCUUCAUAGAUUCUCUUACAAACAACUAUACAAGGCAACCAGAGGUUUCAAGCAUGAGUAUCUUCUCGGCGUGGGAGGGUUCGGCAGGGUCUACAGAGGAGUUCUGCAAGACACUAAAGUUGAAGUUGCAAUCAAGAGAGUGUGCCAUGAAUCAAGACAAGGAGUGAGGGAGUUUGUAGCAGAGAUUGUUAGCCUCGGUCAGCUUCAACACCGGAAUCUGGUGCCACUACUGGGUUACUGCAGGCGUGAAGGUGAACUGAUCUUGGUGUAUGAGUACAUGCCAAACAAGAGCCUAGACAAAUUUCUAUUCAGUGAUGGCGAAUCAACUCUUAGUUGGAGUCAGAGAUUUUGGAUAAUCAAAGGUGUGGCCUCUGGUCUGCUGUAUUUGCAUGAAGACUGGGAGCGAGUUGUAAUUCACAGAGAUGUCAAGGCCAGCAAUGUGUUGCUGGAUGGUGAUAUGAACGGGAGGCUUGGUGACUUCGGGUUAGCUAGAUUAUAUGAUCAUGGUGGUGUUCCUCAAACCACUCAUCUUGCGGGAACGGUUGGUUAUCUCGCCCCAGAGCUGUCUCGAACUUGCAGGGUCACGACCAGCAGUGAUGUGUUUGCAUUUGGUGUUUUCCUACUAGAGGUUGCUUGUGGAAGGCGGCCGAUAGAGCCAGAGAAAGCAGAAGACCUGCAGGUUUUGAUAGAUUGGGUGUUGGCAAAUUGGAGAAAGGGAACAAUCAUGGAAACAAGGGAUGAAAGACUGGGAGAGGAGUAUGUGGCAGAGGAGUUAGAGUUGGUGCUGAAACUUGGACUACUCUGUUCACAUCCUUUGCCAACAGCCAGGCCGAGCAUGAGGCAAGUGACACAGAUCCUGCAUGGUUCCAUUCCUCUUCCUGAUUUUCUGCUUAACCAAUUAAAUACCAAAGAUUCAGCAUUUGUCAAGUAUGAGGGAUCUAAUGCAUAUGUCAUGUCAUUUACCUCCAUGUCAAGUGACUCGUUGGUAUUCAGUGGCCGUUGAUUGAAUUGAAC